AUGUACAUAUCAACCAUAACUGGAAACACAAUCAUCAUUACUGUCAUUCAGCAGAGUUCUAAACUUCACAGUCCAAUGUACUUAUUUCUUGGAAAUUUUGCUUUUAUGGAAAUUUGUUACUCAACAGUUACUACACCAAAAAUGCUAAUAGGUUUGGUAUCUGGCAAUAAACAAAUAUCAAUUCUUGGCUGUAUUACUCAGUUUUAUUUCUUUUUUGUUCUGGGUGCCACUGAAAAUUAUUUCCUGGCAGUAUUGGCUUAUGAUCGGUAUCUAGCAAUCUGUAAUCCACUGAGAUAUAUGACAAUUAUGAGUAACAGAUUUUGUCUUCGCUUGGCCUUGAUGUCUUGGCUGAUCAGUUUUAUUGGAUCAUUGGUUCCCAUUUAUCUCUUAAGUAAAUUGUCCUUUUGUGGUCGAAAUGAGAUUGAUAAUUUUUUCUGUGAUGCAGCUCCAUUUUUUAGUCUCUCAUGUACUGACACAUCAAUUCUAAAAGGCUACUUUUUCAGCCUUGUGUGGAUUAUUGUUUUUAGUUGUUUAUUCUUUAUUAUUUUAUCUUACUUACAAAUCAUUUUCAUUAUCUUAAAGAAACCUUCUAAUAGUGGUCGUAAAAAAGUGUUUUCUACAUGUGGAUCUCACUUCACUGUGGUCAUUAUGUAUUAUGGCUCGGUUAUAACAAUGUAUGUAAGGCCGGAUCAUGGAUACACUUUUGUAUUUGAUAAAUGCCUUUCAGUAUUCUAUGCAGUUGUAACUCCAUUCCUAAAUCCUAUAAUUUAUAGUUUAAAGAACAAAAACAUCAGAGAAGCUAUAAAAUUAUAUACAUGGAAUACUUUCAAAGUGUGGUGCUGGAGAUACCAGAAAGAUUUUAAAUAA